GGUGCUGUGGGAGACAGACGUGGGGGGCAUGGUGGCAGGAAGGGUGUGUGAAGGGCAUCCACAGAUGCUUAAAACCCGGCAGCUGCACCCACGCCCUCACACUCCUGCUCCAGAUCUUGCUGCGGAACAAGAUGCGUGGUGCCGUGCUGACCCUCGCCGUGGUGGCCUCCUGCUGGACCCUGGCCGCCACCACCCCGACAGUUGGCCUGGGCUUGGGUGGCUUAGGUCUUGGCAUUAAACCCUUGAUUGGUCUCAAGGUGCUGGGAGGCCUCCUGGGCGGGUUCGGCGGUCGCCACCACAAGGGUCUGGGACUCUUACACGUACUCGGCAAGCGGUCGGUGGACCAGCAGCAGCAGCAGGCCGCAGCGGUUGAUCACGAAAUGCUGUCCAUGGUGGCCCAGCUGGACCCCCAGGGGUGCCUGCUCAAGCUUCUGUGCCACAUGGAGACCAAGGAGGCCGAGGCACUCAGCCGCCACGAGACCAUCCUGGCUGGACUGUUCCGCGAUGCCAGCGACGCCGCCACGCCCUCCAGCGCCGCCUUCACCUACGCCGUCGGGAUCGGCAGCAAGAGUCGCGACGCCGCCGUGUGCGACAAGGUGUUCAGCAAGUGUCCGCUCAAGUACGCCCAGCUGUCCUCCGUGCUGGAGGAGUCCUGGACCUGCCCCAUCGGAGGCGCCCUCCAAAACUAAGGUAGCAUGCCGGCCUGCCUGCCUGGAACCUGCCCGUAUCCUGUCUAGAGCCUGCCUGCCUGAAGCCUGCCUGGAGCCUGCCUGGAGCCUGCCUGGAGCCUGCCGGCCUACCUGACUGUCUGGCUGACUGGAUGGCUGGAUGGCUGGUUGGCUGGCUACCUGGCCGAAAGGGAGAUUGGAUGACUGGCAGACUGGUUGACAGGAGGGCUGGCUGACUGACUGGCUCACUGCCUAGCUAGCUGACCGAUUGGCUGCUUGCCCGACCGACUGCCUGGCUGACUAUCUGGCUGACUGAAUGACUCACUGUCUGCAUCGCUGGAUGACUAAUUUUGGGUCUAAUGGAUGAUUCACCAUUUUUCAUUUACCUGCCCUGUUGAUCUGCCACCAAACACACACACACACACACACACACACACGGCCCGGUAGCUCAGUGGUUAGAGCGCUGGCUUCACAAGCCAGAUGACCGGGGUUCGAUUCC